AUAAAGUCCAAAAGCCCGAUAGAAGCCGCCUUCGGGCUCUUCACAUCGGUGACUACACCCACCACCUUUGGCUGCAGCAUACAAGGUGCAUCACAUGUCGCCGAACUGCUGACCGCCAUGGAUCCACAUAUCACAAGCUCAGAACGCGCGAAUUGUUACAUAAUGAAGCAAGCCCAGUCCUGCACAAGCAGCAUUGAAAGCAGGCAAACCAACGCUCUUACCCUCGACAAAGGCUGUGUGUAUUUAAAGCCCGCGCUCCGAAGUCUCUUCGUCGGUACUCCGUCUGUAAUACCAUCAUAAUCAGCAACACACUCGCCACAUUUUAUAUUCCGCAGACAUCAAUAUCGUUAUCAUGAUCGGCCGCAACACUGAGGAAGAUAACUUCCACUCACUCGUGCAAGAGAUCAACAAGGUGCUCGGUCCCAGCAACGGCAUAGACUCGGAUGACGUAGACGAGAACGAGCUGCAAGAGUUGAUGAAGGCCUACGUCUCGGAAGAGUCGGAGUGGAAAAAGUAUUUCUUUCCAUCAGAGACAUUACCGUACACACGGAAUGUUGUCGACAAAGGCAACGGUAAGAGCAAUUUGCUCAUAUUGGUAUGGGGACCUGAAAAGAAGAGCCCGAUUCACGACCACGCAAAUGCCCACUGCAUCAUGAAAGUCCUCAAAGGCAGCCUAACAGAAACCCGUUUCGCAACCCCCACCGAAGACGACGCACAAAACCAGCGCCCCAUGACCAAGACCCAAGAGACUACUUUCUCUGAAAACGAAGUCACGUACAUGGCUGACACGCUUGGUGUGCAUCGGAUUUCCAAUCCGCAUCCCACAGAGUACGCAGUCUCGCUACAUUUGUACACACCACCCAACGCAGCGACAUACGGGUGCAACGUCUUUAAGGAAGACACAUCUGGCGUCGUUCAUAACACGACGUGCCAUUUCUACUCCGAGUACGGCGUCAGGACGGGGAGGAAAUAG